AUGCAAUCAAAUCAACUUUUAGACACUGUUCUAGAAAAAGAUUCUCAAUAUUUCCUUAUUAAUGUUGAAGGCUUGGAUUGGUGUGAAUUAUCUAAACAAUAUGUUCAAAAUAAGACACCUGAGGAAUGUAUAAUACAAUGGACAACUCAUGAGCAUCCUAGUAUUAACAAAAGUGAAUGGACCGCCGCAGAAACAAGAAAAUUACGCCAAAUUGCAUCCCGUCAUAAUAAUCGCAACUGGCAACGAAUCGCAACGGAAUUAAAUACAAAUCGUACAGCAGCAGAUUGUUUUAAGCAAUGGAAUAAACAAACUAGCGGACCACGUAAAUGGACAAAAGAAGAAGACGAAAUAUUAGCUCGUGCAGUUGAUUUAUAUGGUGAAAAAAAUUGGCAACAGAUUGCAGGUUGCCUUGAGAAUCGAUCUGGACAACAAUGUCUUCAUCGUUGGACAAAGACAAUGAAUCCAGCUAUACGACGUGGUAGAUGGAAGUCCGAGGAGGAUGAAGCUCUAAAAAAUGCUGUUAACAUGUAUGGUGUUGGAAAUUGGGUGAAGAUCCAGAAAUUUGUCUUAGGAAGAACUGAUGUUCAAUGUCGUGAACGUUGGAUGAAUGUCUUAAGCCCUUCUGUUAAAAAAGAUCCCUGGACAGAAGAGGAAGAUAAAGAAUUAAAGAGAUUAGUAGGGUUAAUUGGCGUCGGUAAAUGGUCUAAAAUAUCUGCUGAAAUGAACGGCAGGACCGAUAAUCAGUGUUGGCGAAGAUACAAGGUUUUAAUAAAACAAGAUGAUGAAGGGGAAUCUACAACAAAUACUCCUAGUGAGAAUGAAAGUGAAAAGAACUUGAAAGGGCAACAUUCUUCGUAA